CGCUGCCGAGAGCCUCACCCCGGCUCAGUCACCGCCACCACCGCAGGGAACAUGGAGCCCCCAGACGCCCGCGCAGGGCUGCUGUGGCUCGCCCUCCUCCUGGCGGGCCACUCAGGCACCCAGGCUGAGGUGCAUGUGUCUGUACCCCCGCUGGUGGACGUGUCGCAAGGACAUCAGAUCACCCUGAACUGCAUACUACGGGAGCACCCCGAACAUUAUGUGAUGGAAUGGUUCCUUGUUGAUGCUUCUGGGUCCCGACACCUCCUAGCUUCUGGGGAGCCACAGGGCUCAAAGCUCCGGUCCACAAUCCACAACUCUCGGGGUCGCAAUCCCGCAUAUGCUCUAGACUCCCGCGGGGGACUGGUGAUAAAUGAUACCCAAGUGGGCGACGAGCGGGACUACGUGUGUGUGGUGAAGGCUGGGCCAAUGGGAACCUCAGAGGCCACCUCAAGAGUCCGUGUGUUUACAACCCCCGAGCCUACGGAGGUGUUUCCCAACAAAGGAACGCUGUCUGUGUUGGACGAGUCUGCCCAGGAGAUUGCCACCUGCAGCAGCCAGAACGGAAACCCGGUGCCUAACAUCACAUGGUAUCGAAACGGGCAGCAACUGAAAGUGCCCAUGGAAUUGAACACAAAUGGUUACAUGACCAGCCGCACCGUCCGAGAGGCCUCGGGCCUGUAUUCCCUGACCAGCACCCUCUACCUGAGGCUCCACAAGGAGGAUCGGGAUGCCAGGUUCCACUGUGCUGCUCAGUACAAGUUGCCCUCAGGUCAGGAAGGCCACCUGGACAGCCCUGCCUUCCAGCUCACGCUGCACUAUCCCACAGAGCAUGUGGAAUUCUGGGUGGGAAGUCCAUCCACCACGGAAGGAUGGGUGCGUGAGGGUGACGCUGUCCAGCUGCUCUGCCAGGGUGAUGGCAGCCCCAGCCUGGAGUACUCCUUUUUCCGCCUGAAGAACAACCAGGAGGAACUGCUAAAUGUCAACCUCAAGGGGAACUUGACCCUGGAGGGGGUGCACCGGAACCAGAGUGGCACCUACGGAUGCAGAGUGGAGGACUACGAUGCCGCCGAGGACGCACAACUUGUCAAGAUGCUAAAGCUGCAUGUGGCCUACCUGGAUCCCCUGGAGCUGAGCGUGCCCGAGGAACUCUUCGUCUUCCUGAACAGUAGUGGCACGGUGGUAGACUGCUCCGCCAGAGGUUUGCCUGCUCCUACUGUGCGCUGGACCAAGGAUUCUGUGACCCUCGCACAUGGUCGCACUCUGGCUCUCGAUGCUGUUACCUUUGACUCUGCUGGUACCUACACAUGUGAGGCCUCUACACCCACCGUCCCCCUCCUGAGCCGGACACAGAGUUUCCAGCUGGUGGUUCAAGGGACACCAGAGUUAAAACCAAAUGAGAUAAAGCCCAUAUCGGGGAACAGCUGGAUGGAAGGAGACGAAGUCACGCUGGUCUGCUCCGCCCAAGGCUACCCAGAACCCAAACUCACCUGGAGCCAGCCAGGCGAUACUCCAGCAGAGCCUCCCUUUGAGGGCAAAGGCUGGAUGAGCAGCUCGCUGAUGGUGAAAGUGACCAGCGCCCUGAGCCGAGAGGGCGUGUCCUGUGAGGCAUCUAACGUCCAUGGCAAGAGAAGCCAUGUCUUCCAUUUUGGCUCUGUGGCCCCUCAGACUGCCCAGGCUGGAGUGGCUGUCAUGGCUGUAGCCGUCAGCGUAGGCCUCCUACUGCUUGUGGUUGCUGCUUUUUACUGCAUGAGACGCAAGGGGCGCCCCAGCUGCUGCCGGCGAAAGGAGAAGGGGGCUCCGCCAGCCAGGGAACCAGAGCUGAGCCACUCUGGCUCAGAUCGUCCAGAGCAGACAGGCCUUCUUAUGGGUGGGCCCUCCGGAGGAGGCAGAGGUGGCGGCGGGGGAUUCGGAGAUGAGUGCUGAGGCUGAGGACCUCCCAGAGGCUGUCUCUGGAUCUGGAACUUUGGGCAUCGUCGGAGGACCGGCUCUGCGCACACGCCUCCACCUCCUUCCUCCUUCAGUCUCGGCCCUCCCUUCCUUCCUCUGCCUGCUGGGCAGGGACCCACAGUGGCCAGUGGCCUCAGGGAGGGGAAAAAGGGAGGGUGGGGGAGGGCUGAGAGGGGGCCUUCCUCCAGGGAAUGGAACUCUCCCAGGCACCAGAAUAGCUCCUGGAGCCAAGCCCAGGGACCGGCCUGGGACAAGGCGCUGAGGGUCGGCAGGCCGGGGCUAUUUUUACCUCCUGUCUCCCUUGCUGGGCACUGCCCCCCACCUGAUACCCUGCUGUGUAGUCUGACACUGGAGUCCCCAACCCACCCCAUCCCUGCCCCUCGCCCCAGCCCAUCAUCAUGGACACUGGAUUCUUAAAUAAAUGCUGCCUGUCAC